AUGGCUGGCGCUAAAGCCCCAAAUCAAAGCACCACAAACUUCUCAAAGUCUUUCUCCUCACGUCGAGGAGCAACAUUGGCUAACAACUUGCCCCAUGAACUCCUCGUGCACAUUUUCGAAACGGCACAGAACACGUUACUCUCUUCGAAACACAUAUUCCGUUUUCCUCUCGUUCUUGGAGCCGUAUCGCAAUAUUGGCGUCAAGUGGCUUUUACAGCACCAAAGCUGUGGUUGAACGUGGAUAUUUCGCAUCCUCGGGAUUGGAUCGCUUUACAAGGUUACGUUGACAGGUCCAAGCACUACCCUAUCGAUUUGCACUUAUCUUAUGUCGAAACGUUCACGAAAGACCUGAUUUUUUUCGAUGCCGAGGCCACCCAGCUUAUAGCUAUCCUGCAACCCCAUUACAGCCGCUGUCGUUCUAUCAAAUUUCUCGGGACGUAUCCCAAUCCUGCUUCAGAAAUAGAGAUGAAGAAUAUUCUUAGAUCGAUAUCCAACAGCCAUCUCCCGAUUCUGAAGCGUUUUCUCGUGCAGUUACCUGAAAGGCUCAACAAUCGGAUAAGACUAGCAUUUAGAUGCGAGGCUCCGAACCUGACCAGUGUAUUUUUACGCGGUUUGGGUCUGAGUUACUGCCGCCCUCCUUUGAAUGCUGUCACCGAACUCCACCUAGCAGUGGAGAAUAAACUCAUCGACGACGACGACUUUUUCGAAAUUUUACAGGCCUGCGCCAAAUCAUUGAUCACGUUAUGUACCUACGACAAUUUGGUUCAACUUCAUGUGCCUGCCGGAAAUCACUCUAUUUCUAUGCCUUGCCUUCGGCAUCUACGCAUCUUUGGGACUAUGCAUAAAGUUUCUGAGCUGCUACUCUUGAUAUCCGCACCAGACCUCGAAGAACUCACCAUUGCUCCCAUCAUCUUGCGCGACCUCGCCACGCUUUUAUUAGAAUAUCCUAAUCAUCCUAAAUUUCCCGCAUUAAAGUCACUCACCCUCGCGCCAGCUCAUCGUGAUGCUAUGGGACGAGUUCCGAUAUAUGCGUCAGCAUGCUUCCCCGGAAUCGAAUUGCUCAUCCUUCCAACUUACCAUAAACCGUUUUUCAUGCCAUGGUCUUCCUCGAUGAACGAUGACGCUCCCACUGAGCCUCGUUGGCCACGGCUUCAUAGUCUCGCUGUGUGUGACGUUGGUGGCAAGAACAAUGAAAACGUGUUACUUGACCUUGUCGCGGAUCGCCAACGUUUAGCACUUGGUUAUGAACGAACCUGGCACGAACGUAAAACCCCGACUUUCUGCGAGGUCAGCCCAACGCCAACGAUGAGACCCAAGAUGAGAAAUGCUGCCAUACCGAACAUGAUGACAAGAGAACCAUCGCGUGGUGACAGCUACGUUUUGGAAUAUUCCUCGCUCUCAUCGAAAACAGUGUUGGUAUUGAACCCCUACGCUUUUCGAGUGGUUAAGAACAGAGAGAAUCCUGAAAAACGACCGCUGUCGCUCUACAUCGUACACCUCCUCGGACAUCUCUGGCCCAUCGUGUAUGAACGGCCCACGGAUGACUUGCGUGAUCACCAGGAAGUCGGGAAGCCGAAUGGGGAUGUUAAGAUCUUGUCGAUGGUGGUCGGCCCCUUGUCGCAUUUGGGGGUGGCAGAUGCCAUGGAGGAGGCAGACUGCCAGGAGACGCAGGCGUUUAAGUACCUGUCAACGUCAUCAACCGGUCAAUAUCAAUUUCGCAUGGCUAAUCCUUGUCAAUCUUCAUCCGUCGCGGUGGCUAAUCUCCUGGAUGACUCGGAAAUUACUAGAAACCUCUCAGACUUCAAGUUGGAGGUUUUUUUCUCGGAUGGCCAGCAAGCGGCUCCUGCCAACGAGUUGCCACCCGAACUCCUGGUGCACAUUUUUGAGAUUGCUCAGAACAUGCUACUCCCAUCAGAGCAUCUAUUUGGGCAAUUUCCCCUUGUACUUGGGGGUGUCUCGCACUACUGGCGUCAAGUGGCGUUUGGAGCGCCCAUGCUGUGGUUGAACGUGGAUAUCUCGCAUCCUCGAGAUCUCACUGUUUUACGAGCCUACCUCGACAGGUCCAAGGGCUACCCUAUUGAUUUGCACUUGACGUAUGAUGCGAAAGCAGAUCCUAUCAAUGCCGACCAGCUCAUCGGUAUCGUGCAACCCCAUUAUUUUCACUGUCGUUCCAUCAGACUCAACUCUGGCGCAUAUCCCCAAGCCGCCCCAGGGAUGGUUACUCGCUUCCUCAAAUCGAUGCGUGACGGUCAUUACCCCAUGCUACAGAGUUUUCUCGUCGAGGGUGAUGAAAUGCAUGAGACGUUUGAAUCAUGCGCAAUUUUAAACGACGCCCCGAACCUUACCGAUGUACGCUUAGGAGGCUUGGGUUUAAGCUACUGCCGACCUCCUCUCAAGGCCGUCACUAAGCUUCAUUUAGCAGUCACAAAUUGUGUUAUUCCCUACACCGACUUCUCCAAAAUGUUACAAUCCUGCGAAUCAUUGAUCACAUUGUGCAUCUACGACGAUUUGGUUGACCCAUGGCCAUCUGGUCAGCCAUUAGUCCAUAUACCUUCCCUCCGAUGCCUACGGAUCUUUGGAAACAUGACGGGUGUCUCUGAGUUCCUACUCUCCAUUUCUGUUCCAGAUCUGGAAGAGCUCACGAUCGCUCCCAUCGUCUCGGGCGACCUCGCCAUGCUUCAAGAGGAUAUUUCACACAAUACGCCAAGAUUUCCUGCUCUCAAGUCUCUAACCCUUGCACCCGCUCAUGCUUUUGCCAUGGAGCAAACUUUAGGCCCUGCGUCGAUGUGCUUUCCUGGAAUAGGGCUACUUAUUCUUCCCAAUUAUUAUAGUGAAUCUUUCUUAUUGUCCUUCAUGACAGACGAAGCUACCCCUUCGUGGCCGGGGCUUCACACCCUUGCCGUGCGUGACAUCGACGGCAGGUACAACCAAGAUGUAUUAUAUGAGUUCGUCGAGGAACGCCAACGUUUAGGAGUGCCCUUGGGCGCGUUAUACUUGGAUUCUUCAUCGAUACCAAGAAUAACUCGAAUGGAUUGGCUCAAGGGUCAGUUAUUGGUGGUGGAGGCGGAUCCUUGGCGGAUACAAUCUGGGGAUGCCUUCUAUAGUGAUGAACAAGAUCGGUUUGUAGGAUCAGGUGGAGAUAAUAUUAAUAUUUCCUGGUCGACAUGA